AUGCGAUACCGCAACGUCCGGGGCUUCUCAUUGCACGCCCAACCCGUAUUUUUGACCACUGGCAGACUCUCAAUGCCUCCCGGAUCUGACGGAGCGGGGGAUCAGCCACUCCCCCGUUACUUCGCAUGGGGGGCUGGUGCAGUGCGACUCGAGGCGGUGCAUCCUCCAAGGCAGAAAUCAGCUGCAGUCAUCGAUUGGAGAUGCCGAGAAUUGUAUUUGGGGGGCAAGGUACUCGUGAGGAGGGCAAAGAAGCUACCUUUGGAAUCUGACACCCGACUCGACUUGCCGUAUUUGACUUUUGAAUCUUUUGCCUUUGGGGACCUUUCUGAUGUUGAGUCACGUGCCAUCAACAAGUGUCAAUCCGUCAUCCUGGUAGCGAUGAGCCUGGAGAGACAGGGCAGAAACCCGCGCUGCGAUGGAGAGACCGUCUCGCUUGCGAACCAGACCCUGGGUACUUGUGGAAAGACAAACUACAAACUGAAAGUGCUAUCACCGUUUAUGAGGAGUAUUGAAAAUACCUCUUUGAAGAUUUGGCUGCAAAACAGGCGCAUCGUACAUUUACCCAACUUCUUGGGAUCAGAUAUGGACACAUCAGAUCUGACACAGCUGCUGAAAUGCGCGUCCGUCUUUCUUCCAUCCCACCCUUUCCCUUCUUCACCUUUCACCUUUGUUUCCUUCACACCCCCAGACGCAUCUCAGGUCUGGGCUCCCAACUCCCGUCCCCUCACCGCUCGGGAGGCUGACUUGGACUUGCAUAUACACCAUGGUCACCAGGCCCUCUUCCUGAUGCGCUGGCAUCUCUCCCUUACUUCCCAGCGUUGCAGUCGCAGUCGCCAGGGCUCUGUUUACCAUGUUUACCAGCAGCAACCUCAAGGAACCGUCAUCCAAAAGGACCCUAGAGAUAAACUCACCACCACCAUCCGACGGAAAACAAGCCUCGACAUCUUGUCGAUAAUCGGCUGA